UACACAAAAUAAAUACUUGCUAUUCGGGAUCAUGGCGAUGUUUGUUUGAAACAACAGCAACGGAGAGGAUGAGAAGAGAGUGAAGUUUGUGAAAGAGAUGGCACUCGUAACAACAAACCCAACCAUCAAUGAGGGGCCUCUGUUCGCCGAAGUUGACAUGGGUUCCGACUUCAACGCCCCAACGGUUCGAGCUACCGUUGUUCAAGCCUCCACCAUCUUCUACGACACACCAGCCACCUUAGAUAAGGCUGAGAGGUUGUUGGCUGAAGCUACUAGCUAUGGGUCCCAGCUUGUGGUGUUUCCAGAAGCCUUUGUGGGUGGCUACCCGCGUGGUUCAGCUUUUGGUCUUUCGAUCGGAAAUCGCACUGCUAAGGGUAGAGAGGAGUUUCGCAAGUAUCAUUCUGCAGCCAUUGAUGUGCCUGGUCCUGAAGUUGAUAGAUUGGCAGCAAUGGCAGGGAAGUAUAAAGUACAUUUAGUGAUGGGUGUGAUAGAGAGGGACGGCUACACACUUUAUUGCACCGUUCUGUUCUUUGAUUCUCAGGGUCAUUACCUAGGAAAGCACAGGAAAAUCAUGCCAACUGCAUUGGAGCGGGUUAUCUGGGGAUUUGGGGAUGGAUCAACCAUUCCAGUGUUUGAAACUCCCGUUGGAAAAAUAGGUGCUGCCAUUUGUUGGGAGAACAGAAUGCCACUAUUAAGGACAGCAAUGUAUGCCAAAGGUGUGGAGAUAUAUUGUGCUCCAACAGCUGAUGCCAGGGAUGUGUGGCAGGCAUCAAUGACCCAUAUUGCACUUGAAGGUGGAUGUUUUGUUUUGUCAGCAAACCAGUUUUGUCGGAGAAGGGAUUACCCACCCCCUCCAGAGUAUGUUUUUGCUGGCACAGAAGUGGACCUGACACCGGAUUCUGUUGUGUGCGCCGGAGGUAGUGUCAUUAUAUCACCAUUAGGGGCUGUUCUGGCUGGACCAAAUUAUGACGGGGAGGCGCUAAUCUCAGCAGACCUUGAUCUUGGAGAAAUUGCAAGAGCUAAGUUUGAUUUUGAUGUGGUUGGACACUAUUCAAGGCCUGAAGUGCUUAGCUUAACUGUAAAGGACCAUCAAACGAACCCCGUUACUUUUACAUCAACAUCGACAAAAAUUGAAGACAAGACCAAGUAGUUUCUUCCUUUCAUGGCUUGCAACUUCCAAACCUCCAGUUCUGGACCUGUCCACAUAGCCUUAUUUGACCCCUUGUAUGUUAACUCUUGUGUCCAUAUAUGAAAGGUUAUUUGGGCAUUUUGUCGUGGUUUAUAUCACCACAUUAAAAUGACAUUGGAACUCAUAUUUGCUAUUUUUCACAUAAUUUCAUAAGCUAAAAAUUAAGCUUAUGAAAGUAACCUUGCACGAAAGCUUAAGCAAAUCAACUGGUUGUUUUAAUUAUCGAGUUUUUACUAAUAAAUGGCACUUAUAACAA